GCAGAGCUGGGCUGCUCAAGUGCCCGCACGCCCCGGCGAGGGCAAGAAACUGCCUCUGGCGUUUCAGGGCGGCUAGUGUCCCGCGAGCCAAGGGCAGGGAUAGGGCUCCAGCUGCAAGUUAAACUCCGUCCAGCAGAGAAGGGAAGGAAGGGGGUUUGUCUCGUGCCUGUAGCCCCCAGUCCUCACGUGACGAUGCUCUCCAGACCCUGGUGCAGCGUGGUGACUCCCCAGCUGCUCCUGGUGCUGCUGCUGCCGCCGCAUCUUCCUCAGGUUCAGAGCCACAGGGCCACUGGGCCCCGGUUUUUAAUAAGCGACCGUGACAGAGACCCACAAUGUAACCUCCACUGCUCCAGGUCCCAGUCCAAACCCCUCUGCGCUUCAGAUGGCCGGACGUAUGAGUCAAUGUGUGACUACCAGAGAGCCAAAUGCAGGGACUCAAGUCUGAGUGUGGUGCAUCGAGGCAGAUGCAAAGAUGCUGGCCAAAGUAAGUGUCGAUUAGAGAGGGCUCAGGCGCUGGAGCAGGCAAAGAAGCCCCAGGAAGCGGUCUUCAUUCCAGAAUGCAAUGAGGAUGGAUCAUUCACACAAGUGCAAUGCCAUACCUACACCGGAUACUGUUGGUGUGUCACUCCCGAUGGCAAACCCAUCAGUGGCUCUUCUGUACAGAAUAAAACUCCUGUAUGUUCAGGUUCAGUAACUGAUAAGCCAUCGAACCAGGGUAACUCUGGAAGGAAAGUUUCUUUUCGGUUCUUUUUAACCCUCAAUUCAGAUGAUGGUUUGAAGCCCACGCCUACCAUGGAGACCCAACCUAUUUUUGAUGGUGAAGAAAUCACAGCUCCCACACUUUGGAUCAAACAUUUGGUCAUCAAAGAUUCCAAACUGAACAGCUCCAGUAUAAGAAAUUCAGAGAAAGUUCACUCAUGUGACCAGGAGAGACAGAGUGCCUUGGAGGAGGCCAGGCAGAACCCCCGUGAGGGUAUUGUCAUCCCAGAGUGUGCUCCUGGCGGACUGUACAAACCAGUGCAAUGUCAUCAGUCCACAGGGUAUUGCUGGUGCGUCCUGGUGGACACAGGGCGCCCCUUGCCUGGUACUUCUACCCGCUAUGAGACCCCGGUGUGUGAAAGUGACGCCAGAUCAAAGAGCACAGAGAUUGACGAUCCAUUCAAGGACCGAGAGCUUCCAGGCUGCCCAGAAGGGAAGAAAGUAGAAUUCAUUACCAGCUUACUAGAUGCUCUGACUACAGACAUGGUACAGGCCAUUAACUCAGCUGCACCUGCUGAAGGUGGGAGGUUCUCUGAGCCGGAUCCCAGCCACACACUGGAGGAGCGGGUGGUACAUUGGUACUUCAGCCAGCUGGACAACAAUAGCAGCAGUGACAUCAACAAGCGGGAGAUGAAACCCUUUAAGCGGUACGUGAAGAAGAAAGCCAAGCCCAAGAAAUGUGCUAGACGCUUCGCCGACUACUGCGACCUUAACAAGGACAAGUCUAUCUCACUGCAGGAGCUGAAGGGGUGCUUGGGAGUCAGCAAGGAAGGAGGUAGUGCUAGCAGUUUCCCCCAUGGAAAAAGACAAGGUAUUAACCCUUUCAUAGGACGCCUGGUCUAGGAGCAGACAUGAACAGAAGACAGGAAGCCAUCUGAAGGAUGGACAGAUGGACAUCCUACCGCCGUGUGGCAUUGGCAACAUCCAGCGUAGCAGAAGUGAUACCCUGAACGUUUGCACUUUUUUUAAUGAUUGGUUUGCUUUUUUGUUUUCUUUUAAUGCUAUUAUCUAAUACUUUAGGGGAGGGGGAAUGAGAGCAUGACUUUAAAAAAAAAAAACCAUAUGAACAGCUACUGACAACUUAAGUUUCUGAGUUCACGGGGACUCGAGAAGAAAGAGAUUUUUAUAUACUGUAAAUAAAUAUAUAUGUAAAUUAUACAGUUGUCUUGUACAGGGGUUGUAGUCACUGUUUGGUCCCUCCCCUCAAUUUCAUAGGCUGUUAGGGUUAAAGGGACACCUUGACUUCUGGAAUCCAAU